CAGUGUUGAAUAAUGUGAUGAAAUACCAAAUAAUAAGUAGGAGUUAGUAAGUGCAGUGUAAAGUUAAAUAACAAGGAAUGGAUAGCUUAAUAUGACGAGUCUAUGCAGCCACCGUCGCUACGGUCGCGGCUCAAAAACGCUACCGUAACGACUACGUCUACGACGCCCACACAGAUGCUUUCUACAAGUUCCACAUCAAUAUGGCCAUGCAUUGGAGAGCAUUAACCAUCUGCAAACUGGAGGGUGCCACCCUCAUGGUACCAACUUCUGUGCAGCAGAUCGCGCAGGUCCAUGGGAUGUUCAAACAGUACCCCGACAUGGGAGACUAUGUUUGGAUCGGGGAUGACAACGCAGACCAUGAAUCAGCUGAGGAAACCCCGAUUAUCGAUUUGCAGCCAGAGGUGGAAACGGAGGCUCCGUGGGAAAAGCGAUGCGUGCUUCUCACGAGAAGAGGAGAGAUACAGACACGAAACUGUAGAUAUUAUCAGCCCUUCGUCUGCAUGGUGGAGGCAAAGAAUGCGCCUUACGACCAAAGAUGCGACGUCUACGCCGCAGGAUAUGAAUACAACACAGACGUGAAAAGUUGCUACAAAAUUCCACGCGACAUCAAGACUUGGAAUGCAGCCUAUGCAGAGUGUCAGGCGCAUGGUGCUCACCUCGUGGUCGUGAAUUCAGUAACCGAGAGGGACGUGAUGCAAGCCUUGAUGAGCCGCACUCCAUACCUCCGCACUUCCUUCUCGCCAUACUACUAUAUCGCGGGUAUCAGAGCAACUAGUAUAAUUGGCUCGGAAGUAGUAUAUCGGACUAUUUUCAACGAAACCUUAGAAGAGGCCGGCUUCAGCGAGUGGGCGGACAACGAGCCCAACAACCAACAGGGCAUCGAGUACUGCGGCUCGCUGCACCAGCGCUCCGGCAAAUACAAUGACAUAUCCUGCCUCUCCAGCUUCGGGUACAUAUGCGAGAAAGAGAGAAACGAGUGACAAACCAAACCAAUCAUUUAAUAAAGUUAUGAAAUCGC